AUGGCUUCCCCUCACCACCGUCCUUCCCAGCAGGGCUACAGUCACCUCGAUCAUUUCAUCGGGAUCGACGUUGGCACCGGCAGUGCCCGUGCUUGCAUCAUUGACGCAAAGGGUGAUAUCGUCGGUUUAUCCUCAGAAAACAUUGGUCUCUGGCAACCGCAGCAGGGAUACUAUGAACAAUCCACUACUGACAUCUGGCGUUGCAUCUGUCUUUGCGUCCAGCGAGCCAUCGACCAGAACAAUGUUGCCCCUGAAUCAAUCAAGGGUAUCGGCUUCGAUGCUACAUGCUCAUUGUCCGUUUUCUCCAACGUCAACAACGAGCCAGUUUCCAUAACAGGCCCCGACUUUGACUCAGACCGCAAUGUCAUCCUUUGGCUGGACCACCGUCCGGUGGAAGAAACCGAAGUGGUGAAUGCCACUCAGCACAACCUGCUCCGCUACGUGGGCGGCAAAAUGUCCAUUGAGAUGGAGAUCCCCAAGGUGCUGUGGUUGAAGAACCAUAUGCCCAAGGAACUCUUCGACAAGUGCAAAUUCUACGAUCUGGCUGAUGCACUAGCAUACAUCGCGACCGGCGACGAGAAGCGAAGCUUUUGCAGCGUCGUAUGCAAACAAGGUUAUGUUCCCGUCGGUGUUGAUGGAAGUGUGAAGGGUUGGCAGGAAGAUUUCCUUGCAGAUAUUGGCCUCAAGGACCUUACAGAAGAUAACUUCAAGCGGAUGGGUGGAGUCGACGGGGUGAACGGUGAUUACCUCAGUGCCGGUGAACUCGUCGGUCACCUUUCCGAAAAGGCAGCCAUGGAGCUUGGCUUACCAGCAGGAAUCGCUGUUGGUAGCCCUGUCAUUGAUGCAUACGCUGGUUGGAUCGGGACUGUCGGCGCCAAGGUUGAUCUUGAAUCGGGUCAGCUGAGCACUGAUGUCGCGAAAAACGACAAAACUCAAGCCUUUGGGCGUCUUGCGGCUGUGGCGGGAACUUCUACCUGCCACCUUGCCAUGUCCCCUGGCCCUGUUUUCGUUCCGGGAGUUUGGGGCCCAUACCGCGACACCAUCCAGCCUGGAUAUUGGAUGGCCGAAGGUGGCCAAUCUGCAACAGGGGAGCUCCUUAAGUAUGUUAUCGAAACUCACCCGGCCUACCAUCAGGCAAAAUCCAUUGCAGAGUCGUACAACGCCAAUAUAUACGUCUAUCUGAACGAGCACUUGAAGGAGAUGGCCCAAGAACAAAAGGCCCCCAGUAUCUCCUAUCUGGCACGCCACUUCUUCUUCUAUGGUGAUCUCUGGGGCAACCGCUCUCCCAUCGCAGAUCCGGGGAUGAAAGGUUCGGUCAUUGGUCUCAGCAGCGAUAAGACGGUUGAUGGUCUUGCCAUCCAUUAUUAUGCCACGCUUGAAUUCAUUGCGUUGCAGACAAAGCAAAUUGUCGAAACCAUGAACGAAGCUGGCCACAAGCUUACAUCCGUCUUCAUGUCUGGUUCUCAAUGCCAGAAUGACAUCCUGGUUGGACUGGUUGCUACUGCCUGUAACAUGCCCGUUGUGAUACCGCGGUACGUUCAUGCCGCCGUAUGCCACGGAGCUGCCAUGUUGGGUGCCAAAGCAGCCAGUGCCGAUGAUGAGGGGAAAACCGAGGACCUAUGGGAUAUCAUGGACCGAUUUAGCAAGCCUGGAAGGAAGGUAUCCCCGUCCACGAAUCAGAACGAGAAGGCUCUGCUCGACGUGAAGUACAAAAUAUUCCUCGAGCAAUGCCAUAAGCAGCAGGAAUAUCGCGCACUUGUCGAUCAGACGGUGAACUCGUGGAAAUAA